AUGCAGAGACCCACCGGCCAAGGCGCCGCCUUCUCCAUCGACUCGCUGAUCGGGCACUCGCCGCCCGCGCCGCGCUCCGGCCCGCUGCUCUACACCGGCUACCCAAUGUUCAUGCCCUACCGGCCUCUGGUGCUCCCCCACGGGCCCCUGCAGACGGCCGCUGGCCUCCCUCCGCUGGCGCCGCUGGCCUCCUUCGCCGGCCGCCUCACCAACUCCUUCUGCGCCAGCCUCGGCCAGGCUGUCCCGUCCAUGGUGGCGCUCACCACCGCGCUACCCAGCUUCGGCGAGCCCCCCGACGGCUUCUACCCGGCACAGGAGCUGCCGGCCGCCGGACGAGGCAACGCAGAGCCGCCCUGCCGUCGCCGGAGCGCGCCUGACGGCGUGGAGAGCGACGAGCUGCCCCCGGGACGGGACAAAGGGCCGCCGGAGCCGCCCCUCCACUUCCCGGAGCCCUUCCCGGGCCUGGCAGAAGUGAAGGCCUACAGUUCCGACGAGGAGAAGCUGGACGGGCGGCCUGGCGAGGCGGCGGGCGGCAGCGAGCGCGAAGAGGAGGAGAGCUCGGCCGAGAGCGAAGAGGAGCCUUUCCUGGACGGGGCGGGCGGCGGCGGCGGCGGCGGCUCUCUGGGCGCCGGGCCCAAGGCCAAGGCCAAGCGGGUCCCCGGAGAGCCGGCGUCGUCGGGCUCGGCGCCCUCGUCGUCGUCGUCGGGGCCGGGCAAGAGCCGCCGUCGGCGCACGGCCUUCACGAGCGAGCAGCUCCUGGAGCUGGAGAAGGAGUUCCACUGCAAGAAGUACCUGUCGCUGACGGAGCGCUCGCAGAUCGCGCACGCGCUCAAGCUCAGCGAGGUGCAGGUCAAGAUCUGGUUCCAGAACCGGCGCGCCAAGUGGAAGCGCAUCAAGGCCGGCAACGUCAGCGGCCGCUCCGGGGAGCCCGUCAGGAACCCCAAGAUCGUCGUGCCCAUCCCCGUGCACGUCAACCGCUUCGCCGUGCGCAGCCAGCACCAGCAAUUGGAGCAGGGACAGCACCCUUGAGCGCC